CGCGAGCUCUUCGCGCAGUUUGAUCAGGACGGCAGCGGCACGAUCGACAUCAUGGAGCUGCGACAGGUCAUGCGCCACCCCAAGGAUCAGCUCACCGAGGAGGAGAUCGACGCCUUCGCGGCGGAGAUGGACAAGGAUGGCGACGGGGAGAUCUCGUACGACGAAUUUAUCGCGGCGAUGAACAGAAAG